UAUCCCCACAAUGUCAUCUCUCCUCAGUUGGUCAGUGCUCGCCGCAUCGCUCGCAUCGUCGAGCUUGGCUACUCCGCUCUCUACCGCUCCUUAUCAUGUAUCUGGGCAACGUUCGCCGUUCGUACCUGCUCCUUUCCAUGUCUCAGAACAUCCUCAUGGCACCAUCAACAAUUCGUAUAUCGUCGUCCUGAAAGACGAUGUUCAUCAGGCUGUUAUGCAGAACCAUUUCAACUUUUUGGAAAUGGCUCAUGAAUCCGACUCGUUCCUCGGUGAUGUCGAGGCUUCUGGUGUUCAUCAUGUGUACGACGGCAAUCUCAAGGGAUACGCCGGGGAGUUCACCGAGGGAGUAUUGGAGCAGAUACGUCAGAUGCCGGAGGUUGAAUAUGUGGAGAGGGACCAGAUCGUCCGGACCACUGGUACACAGAUUGGUGCCCCAUGGGGUCUCGCCCGUAUAAGUCACAGACCGAGGUUGUCGUUCAGCACAUUCUCGAAAUAUCUGUAUGAUGUUGAAGGUGGCGAGGGUGUCGAUGUUUAUGUCAUCGACACGGGUAUCAACACAGCACAUGUGGAGUUUGAAGGUCGUGCUUCUUGGGGCAAAACUAUUCCCACCAAUGAUGUUGACGAGGAUGGCAAUGGUCACGGAUCCCACUGUGCUGGUACUAUCGCUUCUCGCAAGUAUGGUGUCGCCAAGAAGGCGCACGUUAUUGCUGUGAAGGUGCUCGGAUCUAAUGGAAGUGGCUCUAUGGCGGAUGUCAUCAGUGGUGUUGAAUGGGCUUUCACUCAAGCCAAGGCAAAGGCUGCUGCUGCCAUCGCAGAGUACACUGCCACAGGUAAAACGAAGCAUAAGGGGUCCGUUGCCAACAUGAGUCUUGGUGGUGGCAAGUCACCAGCCUUGGAUCAGGUUGUGAACGCAGCUGUCAGUGGUGGCCUCCACUUCGCUGUGGCAGCAGGAAACGAUAACAAGGACGCAUGCAACUACUCACCUGCUGCAGCUGAAAAUGCAGUUACUGUUGGCGCUUCGACUCUUGGGGAUGACCGUGCUUAUUUCUCAAACUUUGGAAGCUGUGUCGAUAUCUUCGGACCAGGUUUGAACAUCUUGUCUACUUACACUGGUAGCCCUAAUGCUAUUGCCACCCUAUCCGGAACCUCAAUGGCAAGCCCCCAUACCGCUGGUCUCCUUGCUUACCUGUUGUCACUCUACCCUUCUGCUACUUUCGACCCGACAUCGGAGUCGGAUUUCCUUCCCUACCUCCUCAACACACAAAGGGCUCACCCCAGUUUCUCUUCUUUCUACUCGAUCGCCCACACUGCUCUUCCCAUCUGGGUCACUGAGUUCCUUCCUUCGCCACAAUUGAUUGAGGCCGUUGCACCCUCUACUCAGGGUCCUCCUACUCUCACGCCUCUUCAACUGAAGAAAGCCUUAAUCCAGCUUGGAACUAAGGGUGUCCUAUCUGAUUUGCCACCCAAGACCCCCAAUGUCUUGAUAUUCAACAAUGCGACAACGGCUUAGAAGGCUUCGAUGCCAUAUAUUUAUACUCUAAACCGUUUUGUCUUCGCUUUACGAUUUGUGGAAUAGUAACCGCUUUUAACGUUUAGGCAUACGUGCAGUUGUAAUCUAGUUUUUAUCAUGUGUUAUAAACAAAUUUGCAUUGAAC